AAUGAGUGAGAGCGAAAGAACUCGUCCACGUCCCAGUCCUCGAUGGAGAGAACCGUUAGUAGAUGAAUAUAUUAAUGUGGGGGAUCAAACAACAUCAUCAGAAACCAGAGAUUUCGAAACUAGAGCAAAAACAAUAACAACAAUAAAUGGAGAAGAAAAUAAAACUUUUCCGGAAAAUGUUUCCGGAAAAUAUAAUUAUAAUGGGUUAGAGAAGGAAAAAGAAGAAGAGGAAAGAAGUUGGGAAAGAAAAAGUUGGACAAAACAGGAACGAACAACAACAAGAGAUGGAUUAGAAGAAGAAGAAGAACGCCCUUUCUUCUCAGAAGAAUUUUAUCAAGCAUUUCCUCAUUUGAGGCCUUCAACAAAAACAACUUUUAUAUCAACUAAUCAAACACGCCCUUUUGUAACUUCGCCUUCUUCAACGUCAGAUCCACCACCAAAACGCUUUUCAGAGGCGCGAGCGUGCGAAAAAUUUAAUAAAAAAAUUUAAAAAAUAAA